AUGUUCGGUGGCUUCUCGAGCCCUAACAAAGAGAAGAAAGCCGACUCCUCCCUUGCUGCAGUUGCUGCAUCCUCACCACCUACGAUCCACACAACUCCUCCAGACGACAACACAUCCUCCAGCCGCGAGAAACGCCACUUCUCUCUCACUGACUCUUCCAAGCGUGCGUGUGAACGUUGGAACCAACCCGGUGAUAAGAAACGCCGAAACAGCUCCGUCACCAAAGCUGCAGCCCUCUUCACCAGCGCGAAGAACUCUCUGCACCUCUCCAGCACCAAGAGUCCGCCAAAGGAGGCGCAGCAGCAGUCUCAGAUCGCGCAGACACCUCUGCAGAUUCUAGGGAAGAUGGACCCAGCUCUGAUCGUGCCCCAGGGGUCGUUGAACAACUCCGCUGGCGAAUCCAUGCCCACCUCGCGCUCUUCCUUCCAGGUCGGAGUGACAGAAGAUAGAAAUAGAAAAUGCCGAAGAACGAUGGAAGACACGCAUGCAUACCUCUACAAUUUCCUAGGUGCACCUCUUUCCCCCACGAAACAGCAGUCUGAAGAUGCAGCGCAGAACGACGGCGGGUCUAAUAACGAUACGGCCUCUGAGGUGGUGGAAACUGACAAUGGCUAUUUUGCCAUAUUUGACGGCCAUGCUGGUUCGUUUGCUGCAGAGUGGUGCGGCAAGAAGCUACAUCUGAUUCUUGAAGACACUAUACGAAAGAAUCCCAGUGCUCCAGUCCCCAUGCUCCUCGAUCAGACCUUCACUUCCGUAGACCAGCAACUAGAACAGCUGCCGUUAAAGAAUAGUGGCUGUACUGCCGUUAUUGCAGUAUUAAGAUGGGAAGACCGGCUCCCCAGUCCCCCAGCGUCAAUUGCUGAAUCAACGAAGAAGGGGAAUGCGGACGAUCCUGAAGGCGGCAGUAUAGAGGGAUCGAAGCAGAGCUUGUCGGAAGAUGCUUCUGCCAUAUCACCGCCAGAGGACCAUCCCAUUCGCUCCAGGGUUUUAUAUACCGCCAACGUUGGUGAUGCCAGAAUUAUUCUAUGUCGUAACGGCAAGGCACUACGGCUCUCGUACGACCACAAAGGUAGCGAUGAAAACGAAGGUCUACGAAUAACCAAUGCCGGAGGCCUGAUUUUGAACAACCGUGUCAACGGUGUCCUUGCUGUCACCCGUGCUUUAGGAGAUACCUAUAUGAAGGAUCUUGUCACUGGGCAUCCAUUCACCACGGAAACCAUCAUACAGCCAGAGACUGACGAGUUUUUAAUAUUAGCUUGCGACGGGCUCUGGGAUGUUUGUUCUGACCAAGAGGCUGUUGAUUUGGUGCGCAACACCAAGGACCCCCAGGUUGCGUCAAAGAUCCUAGUCGACUACGCUCUUUCACGCUUCAGUACCGACAAUCUCUCGUGUAUGAUUGUCCGUUUUGAUACCAAAGCCACCGCAGAGGAAGCAAGCCGGCAGACUUCUACUAAAGAACCAAACCUAACUCCUGGCAAUUCUAAAAAGAUGAUGAGCGAAGCUGAUAAAAUCGUGGAGAUGGCCAGGAAAAACGCAGCUGAGGCCGAAAAUAACAACAACGAGAACAAGGUUAACACCGACGGCGAAGAGCAGGCUACCAUUGAGAAUUCAGCAUCUGAUAAUAACCAGCAGAAACCAGCCAGUGAAAACAACAACAAAACCAAUUCUGAAUAG